GGGUUGUGUAAAGCAGAAUAGUUUCUUAAGUACAAAACACUUGCGCAGCUGUGAGUGAAAUGCCUCUGGUGAAGUGUUCUGCAAUCAAGGGACGACUUCCACUCUUUGUUGUAGCCAUAGCAACAACGGAUGUGUUCCUAAGCGUGCAAGAUGAGAGCUGUCUUGGAAGAAAACGCCUCGUACAGCAAAGAGAGCAUUCAGUCAUCUACGUGACUUAACUGGGAAUGCUAGUGUUGCACAACUGAUAGAGCAAAUCAAGUUGAAGCUUUCUAACUUGGAGAACAUUGGAGACAGCUGAGCUGCAACAUUUUUAUUGUGGGGAAACCUUCCUUCGGAAUUUUGAAGUGUUAAAACUUAUGGACAUAAUGGAGCCUGAAGAAUCACUGCUCUUUCCGACAUCUUCAUUUAACGAAACAAAUUUGACAAGUACGAGAAUUGUAAACUUGAUUGAGUCAAAUUUACAGACACCUCUAGCUACAAUCCUUCUACGUACCGUGAGUAUUUUUUUCGCAUUCGUUCUGAUCGUCACAAGUAAUUUUGUGAACUUGGUUGUCUUGCCUCGGACCAAGUGUUUCGGUGAGGUGACGCGGUUUCUACUUCGGUCUUUGGCGAUGGCAGAUCUCCUGAUUGGCGUUUGUAUGGCUUUUAGCGUUUGGCCGGCUAUUACGGAUAAUUGGCCUUUUGGAGAUGUAGUGUGUAAGAUUAUUGGUAGCUCGGGAAGUCUCUUGGCUACCGCAUCGUCGCUGACUCUCAUGUGCAUCAGUGUGGAUCGUUAUUUGGCGGUGAUGAAACCGCUACGGUACAUCACCAUCGUUACCGUCAAACGAGCUCGCUGUGCCGUCACAGCGGUCUGGCUUGUGUGUUUCAUCUACAUCGCUUUUGUCGACACAGCAACCUGGCCGCCUCUUCAGAACAUCACCUACGACCCCGUCCUCUGUAACUGCAUCAUGAAGUUUUUCGACGGCGAAGUGUUCCCGCAAGCGCUUGGUGCGGCUGCUGUAUGUGUAGCUCUACCAAGCGUAGUCAUCACCUUCGCCAAUGUCAAACUUCUCAUGGUCUCUAUUCAUCAUGCCAAACGAAUCGACGCCAUUCCAGGAAAUCGCAAAGAUGGCCGACGUAUACCGACCAGAGAACUCAAAGCUAUCCGAACAACGCUCGUCAUCACUGGAAUCUAUUACAUCGCUUGGACACCGUUCCUAGUGACCCAGAUAUACACGGCUGUUUCUUCAGUCGCCCCAGCAGACUGGCUUCAUUAUUCAUCCGGUUAUCUCGUCCUGAGCAACAGUUGGUGGAACGUCUUCAUUUACUCCUUUAUGAAUAAGAACUUCAGGAAGACACUCGUGGACUUGUUCACCAGAAACUGUGGCCAUUGUAAGACGAGUAACGAAAUGCAAAGUCACAGCAGUGUUGCGUCCAAUUGCAGGGUACAAUUUGAAGACGCCAACUCAACUCAACUCUCUUGA